CCUCCGCACAAGACUUCCUGACCGGUUCAGAAGUAGUUUGGCUGCUGCACAACGAUCGUCAUGGGGAAAAUCAAAGCUGGCCCUGUUGUUGAGAUACAGGGAGACGAGAUGACCAGAAUUAUCUGGGACCUUAUUAAGGAAAAGCUGAUUCUUCCCUUCCUAGAUGUACAGCUGGUUUCUUUUGAUCUAAGCAUCCAAAACAGGGAUGCUACAGAUGAUCAAGUUACCGUGGACUGUGCCAAUGCUAUAAAGAAGUACAAUGUUGGUAUCAAGUGUGCCACCAUAACACCAGAUGAGCAUAGAGUGGAAGAAUUCAAGCUGAAGAAGAUGUGGAGAUCCCCUAAUGGGACAAUAAGAAACAUCCUUGGUGGCACGGUGUUUAGGGAAGCCAUAAUUUGUAAGAACAUUCCACGUCUGGUACCUGGCUGGACUAAAAGCAUCGUCAUUGGACGUCAUGCUUAUGGUGACCAGUAUAAAGCCACUGACUUUGUGGUCCCAGGUGCAGGCAAGCUAGAGGUGACAUGGACCCCUAAGGCAGGGGGAGAACCUAUCAAACACAAUGUGUUUGAGUUUGAAGAUGGAGGGGUAGCACUGGCCAUGUACAACACAGACAAGGCAAUUACAGACUUUGCCCACAGUUCAUUCCAAUAUGCCUUAAUGAAGGGUCUUCCGUUGUACCUAAGCACAAAAAACACAAUUUUGAAGAAAUAUGAUGGUAGAUUCAAGGACAUUUUCCAAGAAAUCUAUGAUUCUGCUUACAAGCCCCAGUUUGAAGCCAAGAAGAUCUGGUACGAGCACCGGCUGAUAGAUGAUAUGGUUGCACAGGCCAUGAAGUCUGAGGGUGGCUUUGUUUGGGCAUGUAAGAAUUAUGAUGGAGAUGUCCAGUCUGAUUCUGUCGCACAAGGUUUUGGAUCUCUAGGCAUGAUGACCAGUGUACUGAUAUGUCCAGAUGGUAAAACUGUAGAAGCUGAGGCUGCGCACGGCACAGUCACACGCCAUUAUAGAUUUCAUCAGCAAGGCAAGGAGACAUCUACUAACCCAAUUGCCUCUAUCUUUGCCUGGACACGUGGUCUAGCUCACCGUGCCAAGUUGGAUAACAAUGAGGAGCUUGCAAAGUUUUCCCAAGCCUUGGAGGAUGUCUGUAUCGAGACUAUUGAAUCAGGCAGCAUGACCAAGGACUUGGCUAUUUGUAUCAAAGGAAUGGCAAACACCCAGCGUAGUGACUACCUUAAUACUUUUGAAUUUCUGGACAAGCUAGCAGAGAACCUCAAAGCCAAGAUGUCAGCAUGACUGGCUGCAGGGGAGGCACAAGGGCUCAGUAAAUUAUAGGAUUGUGCUAGACUAGUAUAGAUUAACUGAAUUCUGUGGUGUAAUUGAUAAUAUCAAUACGGGUUUUUAUGAGCUAACUAGUCAUCAUUUUAGCUUUUGAGGCAAAUUACAACAUUGGGAGCAUCUUUCUACCAAUCAUUACUUAACUCUAAUUGUGUUGAAGAUUAUGAAUUCAAUAAUAUUAAAUAAUUCAUUCAACAGGAAUAAUCUUUUCUGUUAUCUUCCAACUAAAUUUUUGCUCAAAUCUGUCUAUUAUUAGUAGUUUCAUUUUUGCUACUUUUUUUCCCGUUUUUAUGCUCAAAUUUUUAUCUAAUUCAUAGGGUGAGUGACAUUAUUUGCACAAUCAGACAUGUCAGUCAGCAGUGACUGGCAAAAAUUGCCACAAAAUGAUUUAAAACUGGAUCACAGUACAAAUUUUUGUGAACUUAUAUUAAUAUUUAUAUUAAAGAGUGGAGAGGCAGGUCAAUCCUGUGACAUUAUGAAAAAUAGAAAUAUGGGUUGUUAUGAGCAAACUAAUCAACAUUUUAAUUUUUGAGACAAGUGAGGGAGUAUCUUUGCCUGAAACAAUUUACUUUCUAUCAUUCAUUAGUUGCUUAUAUUAGUGUUUAAAAGUAAGGGAUUAAAUUACAUAAAAUAAUUCAUUCAAAAUGAACAAUCUUUUCUGGCAGAUCAUUCAGCAGUGUCUGGCAAGAUUUGGUGCAAAAUAACUGCAUACAUCUACCAUCCAGUAAAAAAUUGGAUCACUGUAAAAUUUUCUGUGAGCUUGAAUGAAUAUUAAAGAGCAGAUAGGCAUUUCAAUUUACGUACUCAGUCCACUAGGGAUGUUUGCAGGGUUGCCAGCAUUGCAGAACUUAAAAUGAGUCAUUUGUGAAAUAUCUGUUAAACAUAAGCAUUGUGCCUCACCCCCUCCCUUUCUGGACUGUAUGAAUUAUGCUUCCAUGAACAUGCCAGAAACUAGUAGCACAAAAUACUUUUGGGCGAAAGCUAAGAACAUUCUGGUAACUGCCCAAAGGAUUGCAUACUGUUUAGUUAAAGAAAACUGUUUAAGAAGUAAACUGUUUAAUAGAACCAUGAGGGAAAAAUUAAUAAAAGGGAAGCCACUAAUCUUUUA